AUGAAGUACUUCUGCGUACUGACUGCACUGGUCAUUGGUGCUGUAGCGUGCUCUGCUGGCACCGUUGCCGUACAGCAUCCCUGUGUCCGCCCCGGAUUUUUCGCCAUAUUGGAUAAUUCACGCAACUACUAUGGCUGCUAUGCCAAUAAAAAUGGAGGCUUAACAAUGAAAUACCUGAGCUGCAAGGAAGGUGAAGUUUUCAAUGGCCAAAAGGGACUAUGCAUGGCACAAGCAUUCAACGAAGUGGCCAAUGAGGAGGAUAUAGAAAGUCCAACCAUUCCCACGGAGGCUCCUGCCGAAGUGCAAACCACAGUUAAACCCAUAGAAGAAGUUACAACACCAAAAGUGGAAAAACCAGGGGAGGCUCCCACAACACCUAAAAGUCCUGAUUCCGAGACGACCGUAAAACCCGAGGAACCUCCAACCACACCUAAAAUUCCUGAUACUGAGACCACCGUAAAACCCGAGGAAUCUCCCACCACUCCAAAGGUCCCUGAAGAAAAUCCAACCACACCUAAAGCACCUGAGGAAAACCCAACCACACCCAAAGCCCCCGAAGAAAAUCCAACCACACCUAAAGCACCUGAAGAAAAUCCAACAACACCCAAAGCACCUGAAGAAAAUCCAACCACACCUAAAGCACCUGAGGAAAAUCCAACCACACCCAAAGCCCCUGAAGAAAAUCCAACCACCCCUAAAGUCCCCGAGGAAAAUCCAACCACACCUAAAGUUCCUGAGGAAAAUCCAACAACUCCCAAAGCUCCUGAAGAAAAUCCAACCACCCCUAAAGUCCCCGAGGAAAAUCCAACGACACCCAAAGUCCCUGAAGAAAAUCCAACCACACCUAAACCAGAAGAGCCUACAACGGAGACUAAGCCCGUAGAACAACCAACAACGCCUAAAAUUCCUGAGGAGACUACAACCGAAGAGCCCACUACAGAAACCAAGCCAGUGGAACAACCCACCACACCUAAAAUUCCCGAAGAAACAACUGCUAAACCAGAAGAGAGCACAACCGAAAAACCUGAAGAACCCACAACCGAAUCCAAACCCGUGGAACAACCCACCACACCUAAAAUCCCCGAAGAAACUACUGUUAAGCCAGAGGAAACUACAACCGAAGAACCUACAACCACUGUAGAAGUUCCGACGACUACUGAUGAACCAGAGGCUAACACAACAACCGAAGCGACCACCGAGACUACUGAGGCCGAAGAGGAUACAACAACAUUCGAACCAACGGAAGUCCCAACCACUACCGAAGAACCUACUACAACAACAGUGGUCAAUGAAACCACUGAAGCUGAUACGACAACUAAAGAACCAGAAAUUUCUACGACCACACAAGUGGACAACGAAACCACCACCGAAGAACCCGUAACUGAACCCACGACAACUGAAGAACCAGAAGAAAGUUCAACCACACCCGUUGACAAUGAAACCACCGAAACCCCCGAAGAUACUACCACCGAAGAUGUCCCAACUACCACAGAUGAGCCCGAAGUAGAAACAACGACUCCUAGCCAUGCCUUCACCUGUCCCACAACAGGUUUCUUCCCUCAGGAUGGCAGCUGUAACAAAUUUAACUUGUGUGCUGAAGUAGAAGGUGUCGUGAGAGCCUUCCCAAGAGAGUGCCCCGAAGGUCAGAAUUUCUUCCCACCUGGCGGCUACUGUACUGCAGAUUUCAGCUGCGAUGAAACCAAGACUUUGAAGGCCGACAACUUUGUGUGUUUGGUCGAAGGAACCUUUGCCUAUCACUCCGACUGCUCCAAGUACUACAGAUGUAGCUGGAACUCACGCAUGGAAGACUACCUGGCCGAAGUGAUGCAGUGCCCAUCCGGUGAAGUGUAUCACAUUUUGACAGGUGAAUGUGACGUCGAAGGAGCCCUGACCUGCGUUGGUCGUGGUCUCCUUAACUCACGAUUUGCCUACUAG